UAUCCCAUUGAUAAAGAGUGGUAGAGGGGGCUGGUCCAGCUCCGCCGACGUCAUUCUGAGGGGGUCUGAAGAUGGCUCCUCAAUGCUCCGCGGCAGCACGGGCCCACACAUGCGUCAACGGCCAGCUGUCAGGAGGCACCGGCACACUGCUGUGAGAGGGAGGGAAGGAAGGAAGGAGGUAAAAGUAAAUAGAAGCUUAGAAAGGGCGGAAGGCACUAGACACCCUUGAUUGCGGACAAUCAGUUUGUUUGACUCUGUUGCUGUCACUUCGUCUGUCACAGAGACCGACAUAAGAACACGGGAGAGCCAUGGGUUCGUCCACAGAUGAAGAAUUCAAAGAGAAAUUACUGUGGAAUGUGAAACGAGAGGUGAAACAGAUCAUGGAGGAGGCGGUGACUAAGAAGUUUGUCCACGAAGACAGCAGCCACAUCAUCGGCCUGUGCAGCACCAUCGAGGCGUGUCUGAGCCACCUGUUGAAGCGGCGAGCGGCGGGCUUCCUGCGUAGCGACAAGAUCGCAGCCCUUUUCACCAAGAUCGGCAAGGUGAACGCCACGGCGGGAGAGGUGUGUCAGAAGGUCCAGGAGCAGCUCACACAGCAGGCAGAGGUCACCAGAACCCAGAGGACCCAGAGUGUGGGUCAGGAGCCCCUGAAGAGGCAGGGGUCGUCGUCUGCAGGUCGCGCCCCCCAGCCCCUCUCCGCUCAGGCCAUCAAGCACAUCUGGGUUCGCACCGCCCUCUUCGAGAAGGUCCUGGACAAGAUCGUACAGUACAUCGUGGAUAACUCCAGUAAGUACUAUGAGAGGGAGUCUCUGAUGCAUGACACAGUGUUUGGACCCAUCCUGGCAUGUCUACUGGUGGGUCCCUGUGCUCUGGAGUACACUAAGCUGAAGACGUCCGACCACUUCUGGACGGACCCGAAGGGUACCAGUCACAUUCUGUUGAUCCGGAAGAGACAGUCCAGCGUCAGCAUGUCCGAGGAUAAGUUUGCGGCGUCUGCACGGGAAUACGUGGAAUCUCUUCACCAAAACUCCCGUACUCACCUGCUCUACGGCAAAAACAACGUCCUGGUCCAACCGAAGAAAGAGAUGGAGGUGUUGCGGGGGUACCUGUCCCUUCAUCAGUCAGGGGACAACCUCACUCUGAAGUGGACCCCUAACCAGCUCAUCAACGGCACCCUGGGGGACUGUGACCUGGAGAAGAGUAUCUAUUGGGACUAUGCGUUGACCGUGCCUUUGCGACAGGUCGUGUGCAUUCACUGUCACCAGCGAUCUGACUGUGGUGGGACGUUGGUGCUGGUUAAUCAGGAUGGUAUCCAGCGCCCCCCCCUCCACUUCCCUCCCGGUGGCCACCUUUUGGCCUUUCUGUCCUGCCUGGAGACGGGCCUGCUUCCCCGCGGUCAGCUGGAGCCUCCACUCUGGAGCCAGAGAGGCAAGGGUAAGGUGUUUCCUAAGCUAAGGAAGAGGACCAGCACUGCCAGGCUGGUAGAUCAGGAGGGAGAGGAGCAGACUGCCAGGCUGGUAGAUCAGGAGGGAGAGGAGCAGACUGCCAGGCUGGUAGAUCAGGAGGGAGAGGACCAGACAGCAGCUGACUAUGUGUUCCGCAUUGUCUACCCUGGACGCCACCACGACUCUACAGUGACUAUAAACUACCACCACACCACGGGCAGCCGUGCUCCCUCGCUGGAUGAUGAUGAAGAGGAAGAGGACAGACUCCAGGCUAUGAUCUCAAUGAUGUGUUGGCGGAACCUCACAGAUCCUAAUGUCAUGAAAGACCAUGGGGAGAUGAUGGACAUCCAGGGAGCCUAUAUGGGAGGCAGCCCGUCGUCAUGGCAGCAGGGAGCAGAGUGCACCAGUCACAUGUCGUCAUGUCUGCCUUGCUCCGCAGGGGGCAGUAACGUCUCAUUGGAAUACCCAGCAGGCUGCACCUGCAUCCACGACCGGAGCCCACUGAAGAUGCUGUGCCAGAAUAUGAAAAGGCAGAUCGUCUCCAGGGCCUUCUACGGAUGGCUGGCCUACUGUCGACACCUGUCCACUGUCCGUACCCACUUGUCAGCAUUGGUCAACCACAACAUUGUCCCUCCUGACAAACCCUGUGAGGCGUCGGGGGGCCUGAGUAAAGACUUGUGGAGCAAGUACCAGAAAGACUGCAAGAACUAUAAGGAGUUGGAGUUGUUGCGGCUGGUUUAUUAUGGAGGUGUACAGCAUGACAUCAGGAAGGAAGUCUGGCCCUUCCUGCUGGGUCACUACAAGUUUGGCAUGGGCAAGAAGGACAUGAGCCAGAUCGAUGAGAAGGUCAGUGCACGGUACCAGCAGGUGAUGAAGGAGUGGAAAGCCUGCGAGGUGGUCGUCAAGCAGAGAGAGAAGGAGAUGCAGUCGGCCAUCUUUGCUAAGCUGUCUUCAGGAAGCAGCAUAGACAGCCACGUCCUCCGACUCAUACACAGAGACUCCACUCUCAGCAACGAGGUGUUCAUGUCAGUAGAUGAGCCUGAGGUGGGGGAGCAGCACACCCCAGGGGGGGGCGGAGGAGACACCCCCGGCCACUCUACAGUGGUUCCCCCCACAGCCGGAGGGGUAAUAGUUCCUGAUGAGCGCCCCCUAGUGGAGUUCGACUCCCCUGACUCCGGGCUCCCAUCCUCCAGGAACUACUCGGUCACUUCCGGACACUCUCAGAUUCUCUCCUCUAUCGACGAUGGACAGAGUACGGAGGAGGACGGGGGAGCGGGGGAGGAGGCGCGGACACAAACACACAGUGUGACGGAGGCGAAGGAGCAACAGGAUUCAAUAAGUGAGGAGAGGCUGUGCAGUCAGCUGGAUAAGUUGGUGACCAAUGGGAAUGGAGGAACGGAGGGGAUGCCUUCACUGUCCUCCUAUACGAUUGAGCUUUUGGACACAGUGGCUCUGAACCUCCACAGGAUAGAUAAAGAUGUUCAACGCUGUGACCGUAACUACGGCUACUUUACAACCGCUAACCUGGAGAAACUACGCAACAUCAUGUGCAGCUAUGUGUGGGAUCACCUGGAGAUGGGUUAUGUCCAGGGGAUGUGUGACCUGCUGGCUCCUCUCAUGGUCAUCCUGGACGAUGAGUGUCUAGCAUACAGCUGUUUCUCCCAGCUGAUGAAGAGGAUGAGCCAGAACUUCCCCAACGGUGGAGCCAUGGACACACACUUCACCAACAUGAGAUCCCUCAUACAGAUCCUGGACUCGGAGCUGUUUGAGCUGAUGCAUCAGAAUGGAGACUACACCCACUUCUAUUUCUGCUACCGCUGGUUCCUGCUGGACUUCAAAAGAGAGCUGCUGUACCAGGAUGUGUUCUCAGUAUGGGAGGUGAUCUGGGUGGCCCCUCACAUCUCCUCUCAGCACUUCGUCCUGUUCCUGGCCCUGGCCCUGGUAGAGGUCUACAGAGAGAUCAUCAGAGACAAUACCAUGGACUUCACUGACAUCAUCAAGUUCUUCAACGAGAUGGCAGAACGUCAUGACGUGCAGCACAUCCUUCAGAUCGCCAGAGAGCUGGUGCACAAGGUCCAGUCUCUCAUCGAGAACAAGUGAUGAGGAGGAGGAUGAAGAGAGGAGGGUGAAGAGGAGCGGAAGAGAGGAGCUAGAUGCCAUCCCUGCACCCCUCGAUCUACCCAUCCAUCCUCCGCACCUAGCACAGCUUCCUCCCUCCCUUACCCCUCCCAAACCAGGGGAAGAGACAAAGACAUGGGCCCUCUCCCUCCAGGCCUCUAACCCUCUCUCCCUCCAGGCCUCUAAACCCUCUCUCCCUCCAGGCCUCUAAACCUCUCUCCCUCCAGGCCUCCCUCCCUUCAGGCCUCCAGGCCUCAGCCCGCCAGCCAGACCGGUGGAGGAUGAAGGCUCCAGGUGACCAUCCUGGUCUGGAUGCAGAAGAGAACAGUGGAAAGGAGAGUGAUGUUGGCUGGAACCAGGUUUAGAUCUGGGUCCUGGUUCCUGGUCUAGGUCUGGUCCUAGUCUCAGUUCCUGGUCUAGGUUUGGCCCUGGUCUAGUUCCUGGUCUAGGUCUGGCCCUGGUCUAGUUCCUGGUCUAGGUCUGGUCCUGGUCUAGUUCCUAGUCUAGGUC